AUGUUACUACGUCGCUGGACACCACCAUCCCAAGUUCCAACAACUUCAUUGGAUCAUAAUGGAAUACCACAACGUCAACGAAUAAUUAUACGUUGGUUUAAAUUAAUAAUAUCUGCAUUAAUAGCAUUAACUUUUCUUGGAUUUUGUAUUUUUUAUUCUUUACAAAAGGAAAGAUUUUUUAAUGAUGGAUAUCGAUAUAAACAACAAGAUCAAUAUGAACGCGAACAACAAUUAUUAUUUAAUACAUAUAUUCAAGAUAUAUCAGAUAUUCUUUUAAAAAUUACUGAUAAAAAUAAUAUUGAUGAAAAUAUUCUUCUUCAUAUACGAACAAAAACAUUAAUAAUUUUCAAAAACCUUGAUACAAAAUAUAAAAAAGAUAUUAUUUUAUUUUUAUAUGAAAGACAUCUUAUGCAAAAUAAUCAAUUAAAUCUACGUGGCAUUAAUUUAAAUGAUGUUGAAUUAAUAUGUCCAUAUGAUUUUUCUCGUCUUUAUUUACCUGACGUUAUUUGGUCAAAUGCGAUUUUUAUUAAUUGUCGUUUAACAUUUGCUAUCCUUGAUCGAGCACAUCUUAUUAAUGCGAAAUUUAUUAAUUCAACAAUUCAAUAUGCAUCAUUAACUGAUGCUAAUCUUGAUAAUAGUUAUUUCAUAAAAACAAUAAUUAUGAAUACAAAUUUCAAUGGAGCUUCACUUAUUCAAGCUGAUUUUCUUCAAGCUGAUAUUGUACAAGGAAAUAAUUUUACAAAUACUGAUUUAUAUCAAGCAAAAUUUACUAAUAAUCAAUGGGAAGGAAAAUAUAUUAAUAUUAUUAAACAUGAUUUUUCUAAUGCACGAUUACCAAAUGGAACUUUUCAAUUAAUAAAUUCAGAAAAAAAUUUAAUUAGAAAUGGAAAUGCUGAAAUGGAGUGUUUUGCUAAUAACCAAACAAUAUGGGCAACAAUUCAUGAUAAUAUGACAUUAUCUACAAAUAUAACAAACAAUGAUACUUAUUGGGGAGAUUGUUCAUUUGUUAUAUCAACUCCAACACGUGUAUAUCAAAAUAUUAAUUUAAAUUCUAACAAACAUUUAAUUGAUACAAAUAAUAGUAUAUUAUCAUUCUUAGGAUAUGCUAGUUGUAAUCAAUCUUAUUUUGAACUUCAUAUAUUUCGAGAUGAUAAUAUUUUACAUGCAUUAAAAAUCUAUCCAAAACCGAUGAAUGGUACAGAAUCAUAUCGAAAUAAAUCAAUGUAUUUAUAUGGUGAAUAUGAAUAUAGUUUACCAAUACGUACACGUAAUAUAACAAUCUAUUUCGGUGUUGAAAUUUUUACUAUUGAUCAUCAAUGUUAUUUUGAUAAUAUAACACUUAGAAUUAAUCAAAGUAAAAUAAAUUAA